AUGAGCGAAUUACCUUUCUUCAAUGUUGAUAGAAUCAUGAACAACUUGCCUUUCUUCGAUGUUAAUAGUCAUGAGAGCUUUAUGAGUGUUGAUGGAAACAAUAAUGAAACCUCUGAUGUUUACAACACAAAAUCCAAUGAAGAGAUUGUGACUGAUAAUGAUGAAUCGGAUUUAGAGAGUGACUAUAAAGAAGAUAACAACACAAAAUCUAAUGAAGAGAUUGUGAUUAAUAAUGGUGAACCAGAUCUAGAGAGAGACCAUGAAGAAGAUAAUAG